GGACUUUGUUGUAAUGCCUCAAACGACUCGCGAGUAGGUUUGGAUCAGUUUCUAGCCUAAACCGAGGCUCGGUCCAAAUCCUCACGCGCCACUCGGAAGACGCCGUAAAAACGGACGGAUACGGUGACGUUUUAUUGUAAGCGCCCACCUCUCAUUUGAAGAAAUAAAGCGCUAUUGUCACUCGCAAUGAAGCCUGUUUGGUAAAAACCCAGUUGCUAGUCAUACACCGAGAUAUUUAGCAUAAUACGCGUUCAAAAUCUCGUUUUCUGGCAGAUGGAUCCUGGCUAUGUUCAUUCAUAAUGAUCUCAUACGGGUAUGUUGCUAAUUUCUCUAUCACGUUCUCUUUGGUUUAUCAUCACACAUUGUUUAAACAUCACUGUCUGCAUACAUAGUGGCACAGUGCUCGCGAAAUAUUGCAUUUAACAGUAUCAUUUUAUAUUUGGACGGCUAUUGAAAUGAAGUUGAGACUUGCGCGUGAACGUCGCCUUCACUGUCCUAUCGCUCCAUCAACGCCAGAGAUCUGAAUACGAGAUGAUGCCUUUUUAUCUCGAGAAUAUGCCUUAGAAUAUCGAGACAGCUGUUUAGGAGUAUUACAGCGUAAUGCACUAUUCAACCAAAUCUGCGAUAUGCAAUCCGUUCUUGGACAUAGCUAUUAUGAUCAAGACACAUCUCCGUCCAGCGUUUUCCCCUAAAUGUUUGGCGUUUGUACUGGAGAAAAGUCGAGUGUUAAUCAUGAUGGACACAACAUCACAACGCACGAGCUCUGUGCACCAAUAACGCGCGCGCGGUGAGAGCCGAGCCGGAGAAUUAUAGUGGCGCCUCAGAUAUGAAUGAUGAUGGAGGCGGAUAACGCGGAGAGCUGGUUUUCUCUGUCAGAAAACGGAACAAUACUAAACUCAUCGAAGCUGGGUUUCCUAAACGCGUCGUCUCCUGUGGGUCUGUGGGGUGACGCUCAGGAUAAAGAGGUGACACGGCUGGAGGAGAUUGUGCACGCGCAGGAAAGAGCCUACAAAGAUUUCACCACCACCAUUCAAGUUUUCAUCCUCAUCGGAUCCCUUUUGGGCAAUACUGCAGUGCUGUGGUGCACGAUCUACACAAAUGUGUUCAAGUCCGUCACAAAUCUCUUCAUCAAGAACCUGGCGUGUUCUGGCAUUUGUGCUGGUCUUGUGUGUGUGCCGUUUGACAUAGCGCUGAGUGCCAGUCCUCUAUGCUGCCUGUGGGUCCACACGCUCCUCCUGUGCAAAGCCAUUAAGUUCCUGCACAGGCUUUUCUGCUCUGCCACUGUGCUCAGUUUCGCCAUCAUUGCCCUGGAUAGGUACUACUCAGUGUUGUAUCCUCUUGAGAGAAAGAUAUCAGAUGCCAAAUCCCGAGACCUGGUCAUCUACAUCUGGGUCCAUGCAGUGGUGGCCAGUGUCCCUGUUUUCGCUGUAAGCAAUGUGACAGAUGUCUACGCCACCUCAUCUUGCUCUGACGGACAAUCACUUGGACAUCUUGUUUACAUGAUCACAUACAGCAUCACCACUCUUAUUCUCCCACUAGCAGUGGUGUUUUUCGCCAUGGUAUUAAUACGCCGCGCAUUAAGCACCAGCCAGAAGAAGAAAGUGAUCAUCGCGGCGCUGCGCACCCCUCAAAACAGCAUUUCCAUCCCAUAUGUAUCUCAACGUGAGGCUGAACUUCAUGCUACUCUGUUGUCCAUUGUGCUCGUCUUCACACUCUGCAGCACACCAUAUGCUGCUUUGCUAAUAUACCACGCCAUACUGGGGGCUGCAAAUGCCUCAUCCUGGUUGCGUCUGACCGCCAUAUGGCUCCCGAAGGUCUCGCUCCUCACCAACCCACUGUUUCUUCUUACAGUUAACCGGUCUGUGCGACGGUGCCUUCUUGAUAUGAUAGCACGCCUGCAUCGACGCUAUAGCCGAAGGAACAUGGUCAGCAUUGGAGGUCUGGCUGAGGUAGGACCACUAGGUGGCGAGACUGUGGUUCGCUCUGGUAGUCAACUCCUGGAGAUGUUCAAUAUCGGCCAACAGCAGAUCUUCAGACCCAAUGAAGAUGAAGAAGAUGAGAAUGAGAUUUCCUCAGUGGCGUCUGCCAACUUUCAACCCAAAGAUGAGGGACAAGGUGGAAGUGCAGGGGGGACAGAAGACACGCAUCUGCCGCAGCCAGGAGAAGGGGUUAAAGAAGAGGUCUUAGUUUUACCAAAACAUUCCCCUAUUCAGUCAUGUGCCUACUCCUCUUCGCAAGUUGCCCCCGCAACUCCUACGGACCCCGAGGAUGCGACACAGUUUGGUUUUGGGCCGUUUGAGCUGCCCCCUCAAUGGCUGCCUGAAACCAGGAACAGUAAGAAAAGACUUCUGCCUCCAUUAGGUAACACACCAGAGGAGCUCAUCCAGACCAAACAGCCCAGAGUCCGACCCGAGAGACGCAUCAGUAGAAACAAUAAAGUUAGUACCUUCCCUAAUGUGGACCCGUGAUGCACAGUGGACCAAAUCAGAAAUAGCCAAGAAGAAGGACUGUCAGUUUUAUAUCUGAACCUAUUUUGAGAUUAUUUUCUACGUGAGGGCGGAACAAUGAAAGACAUGGAGAGUUUACGUUUACAGUAGUAAGAACGAGGACUUUACAUGAUCACUUAUUGGCUGUCUGGGGGAUUUCAUAGACAUUUUUUCAUCUCCUUGCACAGACAGAAAAGGAGAUGGGAAUGGAAGAAACAACCGUAUGGUAGGCAUGAAUUGUAUGACAUUUGCUUUGCUGGAAUGGUGAAUAAAAUCAAUCCCAAUCAUUUUUA